ACCAUUUUACAUUUUAUUUGGCUGUGUUGUGUCGUGAGGUAUAGACGCGUAACAUUGUGGUGCAGUGAAGUGAAUUUUCCCAAAUAAUUACAUGGCUUCAAGUCAGUGAUAGUUUGAAAUCGUCAUGUCUGAUUCGGAGGGCAGUAAUUACUCCGGGAGCGGUUCGGAGGCGGGUAGCGUGGUGUCGAACCGUUCCAGGCGGAGUGCCGCGUCGAAUAGGUCUGCGAAGUCUCGCUCGGUGUCCCGUUCUCGGUCCCGCUCGGGGAGCCGCACACCGAGCCGGAGCCCUAGCCGCUCGCGCUCUCGCUCCCGCUCCCGGUCGCCUUCGCGUUCACGAUCGCGCUCACGAUCAAGGAGUAGGUCUGCCGGGUCUGGAGGCAGCCGUAACCGAGACAACGAGGCCAAGGAGGCUUCCGGUGAUGAAGAAGUUGAGGAUGAGGAAGAGCCAGAAGGCGAGGACCUGGUGGACUCGGAAGAGUAUGACGAAGAUGAAGAGGAGGCGCGGCACAGGAAGAAACGGAAGAAGGACAGCCGAUAUGGAGGAUUCAUCAUUGAUGAGGCUGAGGUAGAUGACGAAGUUGAAGAAGAUGAUGAAUGGGAGGAAGGGGCCCAGGAGAUGGGCAUCGUCGGCAACGAGGUGGACGAGAUGGGGCCCACGGCCCGGGAGAUAGAAGGCCGGCGCCGCGGCACCAACCUCUGGGACACGCAGAAGGCCGAGAAAAUAGAGGAGUACUUCCGCAACAAGUAUGCUGAUGAAUCCGUUGCGUUGAGACACUUCGGGGAAGGCGGCGAGGAAAUGUCCGAUGAAAUCACACAGCAAACUCUCUUGCCAGGCAUUAAAGACCCCAAUCUGUGGAUGGUCAAAUGCAGAAUCGGUGAGGAAAAGGCUACAGUGCUGCUUUUAAUGAGAAAGUUCAUCGCAUAUCAGUUUUCUGAAGAACCGUUCCAAAUCAAAUCCGUUGUUGCUCCAGAAGGCGUGAAAGGGUAUAUUUAUAUUGAGGCGUAUAAGCAAACUCAUGUGAAAGCGCUUAUUAAUAAUGUGGGGACGCUUAGGAUGGGUAUUUGGAAGCAGGACAUGGUUCCCAUUAAGGAAAUGACAGAUGUUUUGAGAGUAGUGAAAGAACAGUCCGGAUUGAAAUCCAAGCAAUGGGUGAGGUUGAAGAGAGGUUUAUACAAAGAUGACAUAGCGCAGGUGGACUAUGUGGAUCUGGCUCAGAACCAAGUGCAUCUGAAACUGCUCCCUAGAAUAGACUACACUAGAUUAAGAGGUGCUUUAAGAACAGUUCAGAGCGAGAGUGAAGCAGCAAAACGUAAAAAGAAGAAACGCCCCGCUGCUAAACCAUUCGACCCAGAGGCCAUUAGAGCUAUCGGCGGCGAAGUCACGUCUGACGGUGAUUUCUUACUCUUUGAAGGCAACAGAUACUCAAGAAAAGGCUUCCUGUAUAAAAACUUUACGAUGUCAGCCAUAUUGGCUGAAGGUGUUAAGCCGACUUUGAUGGAAUUGGAAAGGUUUGAGGAGCAGCCCGAAGGAAUAGACAUCGAGCUUGCAGCGCCAGCCAAAGAUGAUCCGACAAGUCUGCACUCUUUCUCAAUGGGUGACAAUGUCGAAGUGUGCUCCGGUGAUCUGGCUAACCUGCAGGCCAGGAUUAUAGCUAUAGAUGGCUCUAUGAUCACCGUCAUGCCUAAACACGACGCUUUAAAAGACCCGCUCGUCUUCAAACCUAAUGAGUUAAGGAAGUACUUCAAGCAGGGUGACCAUGUAAAGGUUUUAGCUGGUCGAUACGAAGGCGACACUGGUCUUAUCGUCAGAGUCGAGCCUCAUAGAGUUGUAUUAGUCUCGGAUUUGACCAUGCAUGAGCUGGAAGUGUUACCGAGAGAUCUCCAGCUUUGCUCCGAUAUGGCGACCGGUGUAGAUUCCCUUGGACAGUUCCAAUGGGGUGAUAUGGUCCAGUUAGAUCCACAGACUGUCGGUGUUAUAGUUAGACUCGAAAAGGAGAAUUUCCAUGUCCUAGGCAUGCAAGGAAAAGUGAUCGAAUGUAAGCCUCAGGCUUUGCAGAAACGCCGCGAGAAUCGCUUCACAAAAGCGUUAGAUUCCGAGCAGAAUACGAUACAGAAGAAAGAUAUAGUGAAAGUUAUCGACGGACCACACGCAGGUCGCAACGGAGAGAUAAAACAUUUGUACAGAAACUUCGCCUUUCUGCAGUCGAGAAUGUACUUAGAUAACGGCGGUAUAUUCGUGUGUAAGACUCGACAUCUUCAGCUAGCGGGCGGUAACAAAAAUCCAUCGGCGACCAACCAAUUAUCGCUCGGCUUUAUGUCUCCUCGUAUUCAAUCUCCGAUGCACCCGUCGGGCCGAGGCGGGGCUACGCCUAGAGGCCGAGGUCGCGGCGCGGGCCGAGGCGGAGGCGUCACUAGAGACAGAGAACUCAUCGGACAGACUAUCAAAAUCACCGGAGGACCUUACAAAGGCAACGUCGGUAUCGUUAAGGAUGCCACAGGCAGCACGGCCCGAGUCGAACUCCACUCCGCUUGUCAAACCAUCUCCGUCGACCGGAGUCACAUCGCGAACGUCGGAGCACCCUCCAAAGACGGAUCCUCGUCCUUCUACAGCCGUACGCCCGGGCGCACGCCGACGGCCGCCGGCGCAGCCACGCCCACGUACCGCGACACCGGCCUCAAAACCCCCAUGCACGGCUCCCAAACCCCUAUAUACGACGUCGGCAACCGUACGCCUCACUACGGCUCGGCCACGCCGUCCCACGACGGGUCCCGGACGCCCGCUCACGGCGCGUGGGACCCCGCGGCGGCCGCGACCCCGGCCCGGACCGACUUCGACUACGGCCUCGACGAGUCUCCGGCCUCGUACCCCGCCCCGUACGCGGGGCCGUUCACGCCGCAGACGCCGGGCACGAUGUACGGCUCGGACCACAGCUACAGCCCGUACCAGCCGUCGCCGUCGCCGGCGGGGUACGCGGCCGGGUACUUGGGUACGCCGUCGCCGGCCGGGUACUCGCCGAGGAGCCCGUUCGCCGGGGAGGCGGCGGGAGACUGGCAUACUACGGAGGUGGAAGUCCGAAUCCGCGGCUCGGAAGACGACGGUCUGGCCGGUCUCGCGGGACAGACCGGCGUGGUCCGCGGUCUCUCCGGGGCUAUGUGCGCGGUCUACUUGCCAAGGGAAGACCGCGUUGUCAACGUGCCCGGGGCUUUGCUAGAGCCAGUUGUACCCGCAUCAGGAGAAAGAGUCAAGGUGGUGGCCGGCGAAGAGCGCGAAGCCGUCGGACAGCUCAUCAGUAUCGAGAACCAGGAAGGGGUCGUCAAGUUCGGCACCGACGACAUCAAGAUCAUGCAGCUCCGCCAUCUCUGCAAGAUGAGCACCGCGUAAACACCCUGUAUAACGUCAGAGUGACACCC